GAUAGGUAAUACAGAAGAUAAGCUGUUUUUUCGAAGAAGAAAUGUGCAGCAAUGACACUAAAAUUAUGCCAUAAAUUUGAAAUAUUUUAACGCAGCGCGGAAUGCUUUCUGUUUUAUUAAUCGGCCUAAGUAGUUUAGGCUGCGUGGUAGGGACAGCUGCUUUUGCUUACUUUGCAUUUUUCGCUGGGAAUAUUAAUGCUGCUGCGUGGGGUAUGAUUUCUGCUGUUUUCGCAGCCGCAACUUUACAUGUUCACAUGCUGAAAUUGAAACGAACCCUAGAAGAAUGGUAUGGUCCAGAAGAACUAAGGGAUAUAAUAGUUCUAGGGCAGGGAGCUUGCCUUGUUUCAUUAGCUGCAGUAGUUACAUAUAUUUUUCUUGCAGUCGAUGCUAAAGAGGGUUUUACUUUUCAGGGUACCACAUUCUACCCAGUUGUAGUAUUUUCAGUCCUUUCAGUAAUUUGGUCUUUGCUGUUGUUUAUCUCAACGAGAUCGUUUCGAAGAAGAAUGGUAUUGUAUCCGGCGCUUCUGAAUGAGAAUUGGGACUCCUAAAUAUGCACAUGGUUACUAUCAAGCACAUACUACCAAAGUUUCAUAUUAUAUUACAGAAGAUCUGUUAAAAGCAUAUCUGUUCUUUUAUUUGAUUUUAUUAAUUAUGUAAAGCUAAGAUAUAUCAAACAAAUAAACUAAAUAUAAUAUUUAGAACCAUCAAACAAUAAUAGAUAAAAAAAAACACUUAAACUUCUAACACUACUUUUUUAAUACUCCGCUGUGCAUUAACAUUUGUAUAUAUUAAUCAGAACUGAGAAGCAUGAUUGCUGAACAUGUAUGUGUGUUUGACAAAGUAUAUGUUUAUAAAACAAAACGCUUGUAAAAAUAUGCAAAAUGUAAACAACUGGUAUUACUGAUAAAUUCAUAUUUAUGUAUAUUCUUAUCAUGUCAUCGUAUUUUAUUAACAGGUUAUUGUUUUAGUUUGUUUAUAAAUGAAAAGUAUUAUGUACGAAUUUUUUUAAAAAUAUUUAUAUUAAAGUAUAUUUUUAAGCGAA